CUCAAAAGCAUAGGGAGCAGUUUCCCGAAGCAGAGACGGCUCGGAUUGAGUGACCGCAGAGCUCAAAGCUUUCUUCCCUUGCCAUUGAAGGCAUUAACCUGGGUGAUUUUAGGCGGACGACCUCAAAAUGGACGCGACGAUGACCAGCGCAUCCGCUUCGCAGCAGCCCUCGCUGUCUGACCUGCUGCAACAAUCCCGGAAGCUGACCAACCAUCUCUCGCGGUCGGACCUACCGGCCAUUCAGCUUGGCCUGGAUCAAAUUGAAAAUCAGAGUCGGAAGCUCGUCGGGAGAGCUGCUGUCAAUGCCGGCGGCGUAUACCCCGGAGGCGAGGAGGCACGGGCUCACUACCUUUUAGCUAAUGGAGGUAUCAAUGCUGCAGGGCUAGCUGACGCAAUCCACACGACGAACAUUGCUCAUGCGUUUGAGCCUCUGCGACCCAUUCACGACACUGACGUGGAGGGCUAUCUCAAACAUGAACACGAGCAAGUCAUUCUCAGUGCGAUCGAAGAAGGGCGCCGAGAAACCAUCCGUGAUUUCUAUCGAAAUGUUGACCGCACGCUACAUCGAAACUGGGAAAAGCAAAAACGAAAGAUCAUGGAGGAAUUUGGUUCCUUCCAACCUGGGGCAUCGAUAUCUGCUUCGGCUUUCGGAGCCAGUCGUGGUGCGGCAGUUGCUCCCGGGGAGACAAGCGUUAGCGGAGCAACCAGCUUUGUCACAGGUGUGAUAGCUGGUGCAUCGAAUGGCGGCGGAUCUAGGAGUCUGCAGAUGCACAGCAAAAUGAUGCGCUACGACAUUGUCGUGAAGAAGCUGAAUGAAGCCCGCCUGAGCGGAACCCCUUUCCCGCUCGCGCAUGCCUACCUCGAGGCAGUGCAGGGAAUGUCUAGCGCUGAGCCUGGCGUGGCCAGCAAGAGCGUUGCACUCGAGCAGUGCUGGCGGACAGUCACACACAUGGUGUGCGAGCGUGACGUGCAAGGCGGCGAAUUCACAAGAACUGCCAUAAGGGAACGGCAGUACGCGGGCGCUUACCUGGAUCCCGAAAAGUACUUUGGGAGCAUUGAUGGCAUGAAUUUGCGCCGGCGCUUGAUUUGCGGUGCAAAGUCAUAUCUCGAAGAGCAAUUCGCCGCCCAUAUGGAGGACGCCAUUGCGAGAAAUCCGGUCAAAGCACAACUCGGCGGUAUCCCGUCCGUGCAGAGUACAGUUGCCGCAUACUGUCGGGUACAUUUGCAAAGCAAGGAGGGACAGUGGUCGCCGGAUCUGGAGACUAUCGUUACCUCAAAGGGCAAGGUUCCAAUCUGGGCACAUAUCUACUUCCUUCUCCGCAUCGGGCAGGAAAUUGAAGCGGUGCAAGCGGCUGUGCAGUACGAGCCGAUGCUGCGCAAGCUGGAUCACUCCUUCCUCGGCAACUUUAAGAGCUGGAUUGAUAGCCCUGAUCGAAUACUACCCAAGAUGCUCCGGGAUCGCUUCUUUGCCGAGUACAACUUGCGUUUCCGCGGCAUUUCUCCAGACUCUGUCGACCCUUACAAGCUAGCUCUCUACAAGCUCAUCGGACGCAUCGAUCCACGCAAGCGCUUCCCCGUCUCGCUUGUCCGGAAUUCGGAGAAUUGGCUCUGGCUUCAGCUCAGCCUUGUCCGAGAGCAUCUUUCCAGUGCAAGCGAUGCAAUCGAUGACACUGGCAUCAACGGCAGAGAUUCUUACACACUUCAAGAUGUUGCCGCCACGGUCCUCAACUUUGGCGAGGCUCACUUUGAUCCGAAGGGCAAUCGACCGUAUCACUACUUUCAGAUCCUCAUCCUCGUUGGUCAGCUGGAGAGAUCCAUUGCUUUCCUCUACUCACGCCCGGCAUGUCAAUCAGAUGCGGUGCAAUUUGCAAUCACUGCAGCCUACUAUGGUCUGCUGAGGGUACCAUCGAAUGCCAAAGCAUCCCAUAUGGAUUACUUGACAAUGGACGAGCAAGAGACGCACGAGCCUAUCGCAUAUCUCGAUUUUGCAAAGCUAAUCCAACGAUAUGUCAGACCAUUCGUGGAGUUCGACGCAAGAGAAGCAUUGCAGUAUCUGUAUCUGGUGUGCCUCAGCGCGGAUGCACCAGCUCCAGUAGGUCAAGAGCAAGUGGCCAAGUGUCACGACCUGAUUCGCAGUCUCGUCCUCGAGAGUCGACAGUACUUCGAGCUUCUCGGCGAUGUCCGGAAAGACGGAACCAAGACAGCAGGCUUGAUCGAGCAGAGUGCACGCUUGAUCAAGUUUGCAGACAGUCAAGCAUAUCUCAACUCAAUUGUGCGAACAGCUGCUGCUGCUUCUGAGGCCCAGCACCGAACGAGAGAUGCCAUUUUGCUCUACAAUCUUGCCGAAGAAUACGACACUGUCAUUUCUGUGCUCAACAAGGAGCUGGGCAACAAACUCAUGGAUCCUUCAUCCGCUCGCAUUGCCGACUCGUAUGCUCCUUUGGACAGUCAGCGAACAUCCCUCCGACCGAAUGCCAGCUUUGCUGCAGCAGAGGACAUUACUAGCAUGGCGCAUGAGAUUCUGGCAAGCUAUGAAAAGCAGAAUCGCAUUGUCCGAAAGGUCUCUACCAAGAAUCGUGACACCUGCAAGAUGCUGCUUGAGCUCAAGCGAUGUAUCGCUGCUUACAGCGCCGGCGACCUUGAGCAUGCUCUCCAGGCAAUCGAGACUCUCGAGCUUAUUCCAUUAAGAGGCGACGUCGUUACCAUUACUCGCAAGGCAGAAGAAUUCAAGGACAUUGAUCCGGCAAUCGCCGCGAACCUUUCAGACAUUCUGCUUGUGACGAUGAACAUCAUUUCCAAGCUGCACACUGGCCUGCGCAGCUCCAUGUUUGGCGAUAGCAGCAAGCAGCGAACCAUGACGGAUUUGCGACACAAAGCUCGUGCGCUCCUCACUUAUGCAGGACAAUUACGCUUGAGAAUGAGCAACGAGACGUACAGUCAGCUCCUCAAUCUAGCGCCGCAAUGAGACCAUGUAGAUGGGGUAUGUAGCAAAGCAAAAUAGAUUGCGUUGUUUCGCUAGCAAGAAUGUCACCCAGCGACGCAUGCGCUAGGCUGCCUUAUUCGCUAAUUCAGGGAGGCCUUGCUCUCUGCCUUACAAAUGUAUGCCGCUUAUUCGAGGCGUUGUCGUACUGGAACGAAGAGGGUACAUGGGUUGGCGAGCUUGACGUGGUGAUCUCUCAUCGUUAAAGGGUGCAGCCACGGGAAA